AUGUCUGUCACGCACAUUGUCCAGCUUCAGUUCAAGCCAUCUAUGAGUGCUGCCACAAUCCAGGAUGUUUGUGAUCGUAUGCUAGACCUCAAGCAACGCUGCAUUCACCCCGAUACCCAAAAGCCAUACAUCGUCUCCUCAACUGGCGGUCAAGAUUGUUCCGUUGAAGGAAUGCAGGGUGGUAUUACACAUGCGUUCAUUGUUGAGUUUGAAUCGGUCGCACACAGAGAUUAUUAUGCCAAAACAGAUCCUGACCACCUCGCGUUUGGCGCCAGCUUGAUCCCUAUUGUGGAUAAGGUGCAAGUCAUUGAUUUCCAACCCGAGGUAUUCGUAAAAGAAUAG